AUGAAAUAUAAAAGUAAUUUAUUCCUUUUCAUUAACAUUCUUAUCAUUAUCCUUUUAAUAUGGACUUCAAAAUAUGUCCCCAAUUCAAAUACCUUUGGUAAAAAAUGGGAACAGAAUAUUCAUUUAAACAAUGUAUUAGGAUUAAAGAGCAACAGACUGUUAAAGGCCAUAACAGAAACCAAGGUUAAACAAAGAUAUGCACGUACAAAAGAGAAAAAAAUAGAUUCUUCAGAAAACGAUGAUGUACUUACAGACCAAUUAACAAACUCCGAACGUAAUGAUAAAUAUGGAAAUGUAUAUAAAAUGUUAAUGCAUGAUGACGAUACUGAACAAGAAGACGAUGAAUUGAAACUGGAUGAUCCUUUCUCAAAACCAUCUAACCUAUUUAAAUUUGAUGCCAUAAAACAUUUUGACAAAUUUAACAAAAGAUUUAAAAAAUUUUAUAACAUCGAUUAUUUAAGAAGACCACUUGAUUUAUUAAAGUGCAAUCGUUAUUAUAAAGAACUAAUUCAUUUAAUAGAACGGAAUGCUGGUUUUAAAUUUGGACUGAUAAAAAAAAAAAUAAAGACAUUACCAGAAGCGUUAAAACAUAACGAUGCGAAAAGUGAACCCUGGAUUUUAAAACUAAUAAAAAAAAUAGACGCUAAGUUUGAGCUAGAAUUGUUACUUUUCUUAAAACGAAUUACAAGUACUAAUGAUGAUACGAAUAAGCCAAAAAAUAUAUGUGAAAAAUCAUUAUACUAUACCAAAAAAUAUAAAAUAGUUUUUCCACCUAUCAUAAAUUUCUUAAUUUUAAUUAUAAUAAUAGCAAAUUCUACAAGUUCAGCUCGAAUUGUAAUGUUAUUUAAAUUUCUGUGCAUAUUUGUACUAAUGAUAAUAUAUUAUUACUACAAAAUAAAAAAGGUAAAAAAAAUUAGAAAAUUUUUCAAAACUUUUAAAAACAGUAAUACUUUAUAUAGAAAUUUAUAA